UGAGGAUAAAAUACCAUUUAACGGAAACCUCAGGGUUAAAAUGCAAAUACAUAUUCUCUAACAACCCCACCGACUCCGUAAAAUAACAGGGAGUCCACGCAACGGCUACUGCGUUCAAGUAAAACGUUAAAGCCUCAACGGUCGAAAAUUUUCAAAUUUCAUUCUCCUUAUACAACUUCUCUAAAUCACAAUCUUCCUUUGUAUUUCUCUGUGUGCUCUGCGUCUCUCUUUAAGCUGUCUGAACCUUCCCUCCUCUUCUCCCACCUCUCACCUCCUUCUUCACUGUUAUCUAUCCACAGGCAAAAUUCUUAAUUUUUGCUUUCAAAAUGCUGCAACAUAUGUGGAAUGCUCCUCCUGGUUUCAGAUCCACCAAAUCUGCUCCCACUUCACCCGCCAAGCCUAUUGGGGUCUCCAGAACUCGCUCUGAGUCCUUUCAUGCCAUCUAUAAAGUACCUGUGGGUGACACUCCCUAUGUGAGAGCCAAAAAUGUUCAAUUGGUAGAUAAAGAUCCAGAAAAGGCAAUUCCUCUGUUUUGGGCAGCUAUAAAUGCUGGGGAUAGAGUGGAUAGUGCUUUGAAAGAUAUGGCCAUUGUCAUGAAGCAAUAGAAUCGGGCUGAGGAAGCCAUUGAAGCUAUCAAGUCACCGAGGAGUCGAUGUUCAGAUCAAGCCCAAGAGUCCCUUGACAAUAUUCUUUUAGAUCUUUACAAGAGAUGUGGGAGAUUGGAUGACCAAAUAGAAUUGUUGAAGCACAAAAUAUACUUGAUCCAACAAGGGCUUGAUUUCAACAGGAAACACACAAAGACAGCCAGGUCUCAAGGGAAGAAAUUUCAGGUAUCUGUGGAACAAGAAGCAAGAAAUUUCAGGUAUCUGUGGAACAAGAAGCAACUCGGGAACUUGGGAUGGGCAUUGAUGCAACAAAAUAACUACGUUGAAGCAGAAGAUGCCUAUCGGCGGGCACUUUCAAUUGCAGCUGAUAACAAUAAGAUGUGCAAUCUUGGUAUAUGCUUGAUGAAGCAAGGGAGAAUUGCAGAGGCUAAGGAUACAUUGCGACGAGUGAAGCCAGCAGUUGCUGAUGGCCCAAGAGGUGUGGAUUCGCAUCUCAAAGCCUAUGAAAGAGUACAGCAGAUGCUUAAGGAUCUUGAAUCGGAGAUGAUGAACAAGGCAGGAGACCGGGUUGAACAGAGUAGGCUCUUCGAUGCCUUUCUUGGUUCUUAGUCGAUUUGGCAGCCUCAGCCCUGCAAGGAUCAUAGCAGCUUGCCAAUUGCAAAUUCAAGCAAAUUGCAUGAUGAUUUUGCCGAUGAGAACAUAGAUUCGAAUAUAGUAGCCUAUCAGACGUUGCUUUCACAGCAAAAAAGUAUCAAAGAGUUUGCUCUUUUUGGGAAUUCACUGAAUGUAGAUGCGGCCCCGUUCUAUGCCAGGAAAAUGGCAGAAGAGCCAAUGGGAAAUCAAUUCCAUGAGACCCUUAAGAGAACAAGGUCAGGAAAUGCUGCUAAUUCAAACAAAGGGAAUGAAAUGGGGGUGUUCAAUGUGCCAUCAGUGGAGCCUGACAACCCAGAAACCAAGUCAAGAAGGCUAUCCGAUGAAACAGAGGAAAGAUUGUCUGAGCUGCUGCCCGACAACAAGGACUUCGAGGAGGCAAUUGUUGCAGCAGUUUUGGGCCCAACAAGUGAAUCUGGGAAGCCAGUUGAAAUUGGCAAUAACAGUAUCUUUCAGACGACGACGAGGCUAAAGGUUUUCCAAGCCUAGCCCGACUAACUGCCUAGUUCACUAACUAAUUUAAUCUUAUGAAAUCCUAGAAUGGAGAUUUACUUGUUCUCCUUGACCCUAGUUCCUGUAAUUUUUUUGGUUGGUGAGCUCUUAAUAAGCAUGAAUUCUUGGGAAUAUAAUUCAAUUUCUAAUUUCACAA